CAGGGGCGUUGCAGGAUUUGCAUGCAGACUUUUUGGGAAAGUCAGUGAGAAUUUACAAUAUUGCAAUAACUUACUUCUAAGCAAACCUGCAAAAUGAGUUCCUCUGAUGGGAUGACCAUUACAGUUAUUGGCAGUGGGCUGAUUGGGCGCUCCUGGGCCAUGGUGUUUAUGAGUGGUGGCUACAGAGUGAAGAUCUAUGACAACCAGCCUGGCCAUGCUGCCAGGGCCAUCCAGGAGGUCAGGAAACAGCUUGAGGAGCUGCAGGAAGCCCACAUGCUGAGGGGGCAGCUGAGUGCCUCAGAGCAGCUAGCCCUACUGAGCAGCCACGAUGACCUCCCUCAGGCACUAGAGGGAGCCUUCUUCGUCCAGGAGAGUGUGUUUGAGGAGAUUGAGGCCAAGCAGAGUGUCUUCCAGGUGGUGGAGAGUCACGUGGGAGAGGGCGUGAUCCUCAGUAGCUCCACCUCCUGCCUGUUGCCUAGCAACGUCUUCUCCCGGCUCCAGAACCGGAAGCGCUGCAUCAUAUCUCACCCGGUGAACCCGCCCUACUACGUGCGUCUGGUGGAGCUGGUGCCACACCCAGAGACAUUGCCGGGGGUGAUGGACACCACCUAUGCUCUGAUGACUGCCGUGGGCCAGGCUCCUGUCAGGCUGAAGAAGGAGAUUGAUGGCUUCGCCCUGAACCGUGUGCAGUACGCCAUCAUCGCUGAGUCCUGGAGGCUGGUCAAGGAUGGUGUCAUCUCAGUCAAGGACAUUGACCUGGUAAUGUCAGAGGGGCUGGGAAUGCGCUACGCUUUUAUUGGUCCCAUGGAAACCAUGCACCUUAAUGCACCUGAAGGUCUGGAGGACUAUCUCCAGCGCUACAGAGAGGGCAUGAGGAGCGUUCUGACCGCCUUUGGACCUGUUCCCGAAUUCUCUGGGGAGGCAGCCAAGCGCAUCAACAAAGAGAUGUGUGAGCUGAUCCCAGCUGACCCGCAGCACCUGUCUGCCAGGAGAGAGAUGAGGGAUCAGCUCCUCAUGGGCCUGGCCAAGCUCAAAAAGUGACCACAGGACUAUCACCACCACUGAUGAACAGGGUGGGCUGGUGUCUGAGACUCUGCUGUCCAUCACUCAGGCCUUCACUGACCCUCACUCAGCCCGAGGAGCAUGGUGAUGAGGAUGACCUGAUCUCUCAGUGGUGCCUACACUGGGGAUGUUACUGAAUACUGUAGCCCUGAGUCCUCACACACAAUCGCUCAACCAAUCUGGGAUGUUACUGUAGGAGCCAUCACACAAAAUAUACUAAUCUGGGGAUCUCAGAAAUAUAACCACCACAUGUUUUAUGCAAUCAACAAGUUGAUGAUCAGACAAGGGAAUUAAUGGUUUGGUCAUACCACAAUGGCUUCUUGAAUUAUGAAUUGGAAUUAUUAAUGUGAAAAACGUUUUUGUUCGAUUUGUUUGAUUACAAUGUUGCAUUUUUCAAGGAUUGUAAUACAUUUUAAUUGUCCUUAUCAAGAACUAGAGAUUUAAAAUAAAUAAGAAACAUGAAUUGAUUGAGGAUACAUCAUAGGGUUUUUCAUAUUGUGUUGUGUCACAUUUUGGACAGCUAUGAUUGGGAUCUGUUAAAUGUGUUGAACAUAAAAAUAAAUUGUUCAGGUGA